GCCCAAGCACGCAUCUGCGCGUGCGCGGAGGGGGGGUUGUCGCCCCACAUUGCCCGGCCCGUCUGUUCCUUGAAAGCUCUUAGCAGCAGCCAGGCUCCGGACACGCGGGUUGCAGCGCACGUGUGGACGCGCCUUCGCCAUGGCCCAGCGGGCCUUCCCCAACCCUUACGCCGACUACGACAAGUCCCUGGCCGCCGGCUACUUUGACUCUGCCGGCAGGCUGACUCCGGAGUUCACGCAGCACCUGAACAAUAAGGCCCGGGAGCUUCUGCAGCAGAUGGAGCGGGGCCUGAAGUCCACGCCGACCCCGGGACUGCCACGAGCUACACCCGGAUGGUCAGGCAUUGCUUUGCUCUACUUGCAUCUCUUUGACGUGUAUGGUGACCCUUCCUACCUUCAGAUGGCCCAGGAGUACGUGAAGAAGAGUCUCGGCUGCCUGACAAAGCGGUCCAUCACCUUCUUGUGUGGAGACGCCGGCCCGUUGGCGGUGGCUGCUGUCGUGUACCACAAGUUGCACAAUGACAAACAAGCUGAAGAUUGUAUUGCUCGACUGCUUCACCUGCCCAAACUGGACUCCCGGGUUCCUGAUGAGUUGCUGUACGGCCGGAUGGGGUACCUGUUCGCUUUGCUCUUUGUGAACAAGCAAUUUGGAGAGGAAAAGAUCCCUCAGAGCCACAUCCAACAAGUCUGUGAGGCGGUUCUGGCCUCUGGUGAGAACCUGGCCAAAAAGCGGAACUUCACCUCCAAGAGCCCUCUGAUGUACGAAUGGUACCAGGAAUACUAUGUGGGAGCAGCCCAUGGCCUAGCUGGGAUUUAUUACUAUCUCAUGCAGCCUGGGCUCGGUGUGAGUCAAACCAAGCUGCAUAGUCUGGUCAAGCCCAGCGUGGAUUAUGUCUGCCAGCUGAAGUUCCCGUCCGGCAACUACCCCCCCUGCAUCGAGGACUCCAGAGACCUGCUUGUGCACUGGUGCCACGGGGCGCCCGGGGUUAUCUACAUGCUGCUUCAAGCAUACAAGGUCUUUGGAGAGCAGAAGUACCUCAGCGAUGCCUUGCAGUGUGCAGAGGUGAUUUGGCAGUGGGGGCUGAUGAAGAAAGGUUGCGGGCUGUGUCACGGGACAGCCGGCAAUGCGUAUGCCUUCCUGACUUUGUACAACCUCACUCAAGACGUGAAAUAUCUCUACAGAGCUUGCAAGUUUGCUGACUGGUGUUUGAGUUAUGGGCAGCACGGGUGUCGGACCCCAGAUACUCCCUUUUCUCUCUUUGAAGGAAUGGCUGGCACGAUCUAUUUCCUGGCUGACCUGCUGGUACCAACCAAGGCAAAGUUCCCAGCUUUCGAACUGUAAAGCCUCAGUCUGCAAGCGACCAGCUUGCGGCUUGUUGCACUUCACUUCACUUCACUGGAAGAGGCAGAUUAAACGGGCUGUUGUCUCAAUUCUUGGCUAAUGGAGCAAUAUCUUUAGGGUCAGGCUUGUUUUAAAUUCUUUUCAGUGUCUGAUCUGCUUAAAGUUAGUGGCUUCUUUUCUUUUCCUUGAGCAUUCUUUCGGUUUUACGAAAGAAAAAAGUUGAUUCUUAAAGAAAUGUACAAUAUUUUGUAAGUAUAUUUAAAGUAACUGUAGAAGGCUGACAUUUCCUUUUGCCUGCUACUUUGUAGGCUUCUGGGUUUGUGGUGGCCUUUUGGAGACUGUCUUUGGCACCUGCCAAAGAAGUUGGUCUUGAUUCGCAUUGAGUGUCAGCUGCAUGACAGUCCGUUCUUCAGAGUGCUUAGAGCUGUCAGGGGCUUCACCAAGGACAUCUCCCGUGGACUGCCUAUGCCAAGAAUAUUCAGAGUCCGUUCUGGGUUUGCCUCUAGAUGUAUACACAAGUUCAGUGUAUUGCUGCAUGUUCUGUCAGCCGCUAGGGCUGAUACGUUCUUCUUUCAGUAGAUGGUUUAAGAUCUCUCUGGCAAUGCAGACCCGCACUCAGUUGGUGCUUUCCUGUCUUCACUGAACAGAUUUGGAGCACCUUUGUUCCCUGUCUCUCAGCAGGGCACGAAUGGAACUCUGCAGAAAACACUAUCACAGCGUGGUGUUAGGCUGGUGAUAAUCCAGACACACAGGGAAGCACGAACUCAAAAUUAGGCUCUAAGCAUUGAGCUGAUCUGGGGCCAGUUAAGACGGGAAUAUCAUCGGUGGCUGAUUGCUAUCCUUCUCUUACCCCAUUUGUUUUUGGAAGGGAUUAGUCAUUCCUCUGACUCUCUCAUCCACUGUUAGCAUUAACGACUUCUGAUCUUCCAGUGUUAAGACAGUGGGCAGCUAAAAAUAAAAAGGCAUCAACUUCAGAAUAUUUGCUGUCUCUUUUAGAAAGCCAUAUUAAACACAUCUAGGUGAGCUUUAUUGUAAUCUGGAUGGGGCAGGCAUUGAACACGUUGAAAUGUUUGCACGUUAUUUCUGUGUUGAUUGAAUGGGCAAUUAAUUUUAAGUGAGGCUGUUCUGCUUUUGGUUGAGUGACAUCCUAAUAAAAAUUAAAGCUGUUUUGGACAA